GCGUGGAGUACGUCGUAUCGGAGGCGGUGUUUGAGAAGCUUCCAGAGGAGGAGAAGCACCUGUGGCACUCGCACUACUAUGAGAUAUGUGAGGGCCUGUGGGUGAACCCCGGGGUGCCAGAGACCAUGCAGCAGCAGGAGCUGAAGAAACUCGUGAAGACGUACGGCAAGUUCUGGAACACAUGGCAAUUCGACCGAGGAGACCCCCUCCCCCUCGGCCCCCCCGCCCUCAUGCUUUCCCCCCAAGACCACCCCUUGGGGCGCGUUCCCCCGUGCUCUGGUGGAGCAGAGGAUGCUUCUUUGGGGAUAGAGACGGGGGAGAAGCGGGAGCAGCGGGCGGCGCUAGUGGACAAGGAGUGGGCGGCGACGGGGAAGGACCCGGGCGGCGGACUGGUGGAUGGAGAGUGGGAAGGGGUGGGUGACUGA